AUGAGGCAGGGCGGCGGUUGGCUUCUUUGCACAACAUUGCUGAUACUACUUAGUCUCCUCUGUCUCUCCGUUGAGGCUAGACACCACAGCAACAUCCCAAGAAGAGCCCUCAGGACUAGCAAUAUCCCCAGUACACAAGAUUGGUACCAUGCGGCAAAGAUAGCAUACCCUCCUAGCCAGGUUGUAUUGGACAAUGGCAUUGUCCAACUCACAUUUUCUAACCCUGGUGGUGAGAUUACAGGAAUCAAAUAUCACGUAAUUGACAACUUACUCGGAAACAAGGCCAAACAGACAGCCUACUGGGAUGUGAUGUGGAGGGGCAAGCUUUACGGAUUUCAGGGAACAGAAUUUAGAGUAAUUUCUGCGACUGAAGACCAUGUUGAAAUUUCUUUCAUCAACACAUACAAUCCUUCCUUCUCUAAUGACCAAAUGAUCCCUUUAACAGUUGACAAAAGGUACAUAAUACAGCGAGGUCGUUCAGGCUUCUAUGCAUACGCCAUUUUCCAGCGAGAUGAAGGGUGGCCGGAGCUGGCCAUAAACGACGUUCGACUAGUUUUCAAGCUUCAGCAAGAUCAAUUCAACUACAUGGCGGUAUCGGAUACUAGAAAAAGGUUCAUGCCAACAGCUGACGACCGAAGCCUAAGUCAGCAACUGGCCUAUCCUGAAGCUAAGCUUUUAAGCAAUGCAACAAGCAAUCCUCUCUUUUAUGGAGAAGUGGAUGACAAGUAUCAGUACUCAACUGAAGACGAAGACGGCAAAGUCCAUGGUUGGAUUAGUACCAAGUCAUCUGUGGGAUUUUGGCUGAUCACACCAAGUACUGAGUUUCGUGCUGGUGGACCUCUGAAGCAGGACCUCACCUCCCACGUCGGUCCGACGACAAUGUGUGUGUUCUCUAGCAGUCAUUACGCUUCAAAACAACUUGGAUUGGUAUUCCAACAAGGUGAAGCAUGGAAAAAGGUAUAUGGACCUGUAUUUGUGUAUCUUAAUCAUGCUGGUCUAAAUAGUGAUCCCACUACUACACUUUGGGACAAUGCUAAAGAGCAGAUGCUUGAAGAGGUCAGAAGCUGGCCUUACAACUUCACUCAAUGCCCCGAUUUUCCUGCUUCGAACCAACGAGGAUCGGUUUUCGGAUACUUACAAGUAAACGAUUGGUACAUUAACAGAACCAGCCUCGUUCCGGCAAGCUCGGCUUAUGUGGGAUUGGCUGCACCUGGAGAAGUGGGAUCAUGGCAAACAGAAAGCAAGGGAUACCAGUUUUGGACUCGAGCAGAUGAAAAUGGCUACUUUGUCAUCAAGGAUGUUAGACCUGGGAACUAUAACUUGUAUGCAUGGGUUCCCGGGAUUGUUGGAGAUUACAAAUAUGAGGACGAGAUUACUAUUGAACCAGGAAGUCAAAUCACGUUGCAGAAGCUUACUUACUGGCCUCCAAGAAUUGGUCCUACAUUAUGGGAAAUUGGCAUCCCUGACCGGAGUUCUGCCGAGUUUUACAUACCAGAUCCAUAUCCAGCUCUGCUGAACAAACUCGAUAACAAUAAUCACUCAGAUGAGUCAGACAAGUUCAGGCAGUAUGGGAUUUGGGGACGUUAUGGAGAAUUAUACCCUGAACAUGAUCUAGUCUACACUGUUGGUGUUAGCGAUUACCGUUAUGAUUGGUUUUAUGCUCAAGUGACUAGGGAUACAGGAAAAGAAAUGGUUGGCACCACAUGGCAGAUUCAAUUUGAGCUUCCUAAAAUGGCAGCUCCCGGAGAUUAUAUGCUCCGACUGGCAUUGGCCUCGGCUGAGUACGCAGAGCUGCAGAUUCGAGUUAACUAUGAAAACAUGCCAGCUCUGUUCUCAACAGGGCGGAUAGGAGAGGACAAUGCUAUAGCAAGGCAUGGAAUCCAUGGUUUGUAUUGGCUGUUCAAUGUUAACGUACCAAGGUCUCAACUGCAUGAAGGAAACAACACGCUGUAUCUUACUCAGACAAGAGGUGAAAAUACUUUCGUAGGAGUCAUGUAUGACUACAUCAGACUAGAAGGACCUCCAUUGCGAUGA